AUGGGCCGCCGUCCUGCACCGACGCAGCAGCGCCAGGAUAUCAUUGGCACAUCGACUUGCACUUUCUUGGAUCAUCGCGGUGAGAUUGAGGCAGCACGCCGGGAGGAAGGAAGGCUGGCAGGUGCCACCACACCUGCAAACAGGAAGGAGGCGGAGAUGUCAUCGACGCUGCAUGGGCACAAGACCCCCAGAGGCCAAAAGGCUCCUGAACUGGAGCAGGCACUCGCGGUGGAGCGGGGCAUUUGGGACAGCAAAGAAGGCAUGGCCAUCAACGCAGAGGUCUCACGUCGCCAUCGCGAGAAGGAGUUCAACAAGGACUUCGAGGGUGAUGUCUUCCACUUGUCUCGCAAGCAAGACUGCUUGGACUCUUCUCAGGUGAGGGAGAACAUUGGCCAGCCGGCACCCAUCGAGGCGCCCGUGUCGCCGAGAAGUGGGGCUGGCCUCAUGUCGCCGUACUCGCCCACGAGACAAGGAGGCCCGAGCGCUGCAAAACGAGAGAAGAUGCUGCAGUUUGCGAAAGACACAAAGCUUGCCUCACUGCAGUCAAGCAUUUUCUCCUGA